AUGUGCAAAAGAGUCGUGGACACGAAGGGACAGAACAUUAUUGGUGCCCAGCCCCUGAACUAUCACGAAGCUAUGUACAAGCUCAUCCGUCGGAUAUCGAGCGGAUUCUUCCCGCGCCCAGACAGGCCCUGGAGCGAGGACGCGACGUCGACGGCCCCGCAGAUCGGCCGCAAACGGAGACUGAGCACGCCCGAGCCCGAGGAGGAGCGCGAGCAGACCCCUGUGUCGAAGAAGCACCGUGCCGAGUCGGAGGCGGACGUUACGCCUGCGCCGGCUACUCCGGAGGAGCAGCCACAGGAGAAGGAGAAGGAGACGGAGGAGGUGAAGGAGGUGACGAAGGGCGUGAAAGAAGUGGAGCUUGAGGAGAAGCCCGCGCAGCCUGAGACGUCGGCGGCCGAGGAGAAGGAGGUCUCGACGGACGGGAAAGAAACGGAGGUGGACGCAGAGCAGGCGGCGGCGGUUCCCCUGCCGGAUUCCCCCCAGCUCAAGGCGGCGCAGAGCGAAGAUGCGGAUGCCGAGGGCGAGGACGACGCCGAGGGAGGAGAGCAGGCGGAGGAGACCCCGGCCACUGUGGAAGAUGCGGCUGCUGACGAGGAGGUUCCUGGCCUAUCGCUGGGCAGCUCGUCGCCGUCGAAGGCCGAGACGGCGGAGGGAGGGCCAUGAAGGUCGGUGGCUGGAUAUCCUCGACACCAUCCUGCGACGCCUCCGGCUACUCACUAGCCCUGCAUACGACUCAUUGCAUACAGCCUCCUCGGCCGUGCGCAUAACGUUCAUGCUGCAUCCAACUUUUCCUAUCCUUAUCCCCGUCAACGUAAUGUUCUGUACCUCCUCCUUCCGCUGCUGUUGUUUGUACGAUUCCCCUCGCUCGCUUGUUACCCACGCAUAUAUCCACGUCUAGCACAUAUAACCAAUCGCUUUCUUGCUUCCCAC